UGUUCUAACCUUACUUUUUCUUUUGAGCAUUUCGUGAGGUGUGCACGUUCUCGAUACUAAAAUCCAUUAAUUUACAUUCCUAAUUUAACAAAAUGGUAGUGUUUACAUGUAACAACUGCGGUGACAGUUUACAAAAGCCUAAAGUUGAAAAACAUUACGUUACAGCUUGCAGAGGGGUAAAAAAUCUCACGUGCGUGGAUUGCUUAAACGACUUUCGAGGGGAGGAGUACGCUACACAUACUAAAUGCAUUACCGAGCAGGAAAGGUAUUCUGCUAAAGGUAGCGUGACAAAUGUUGUCGGCAAAGGUGAGGCGAAACAGCAGCAGUGGAGCGACAUGAUAAACGAAAUUAUUCAUAAUACUAAACCUAUGGGUGCUCAAAAAUGUAUAUUUCAAAUAAUCUCAAACCAAACUCAAAAUGUACCACGUAAGAAGAUGAAAUUUAUAAAUUUUAUCAAAAGCUCCUCAGGAAACAAAGUUCAGAAUCCAGAUAUUGAAGCUGUGUGGGAUUUAAUUGAAAAACAUAAGGCGGAUGCUUCUGCAAGUGUAAAUGCAGUCGAUCUGACGACUGCUAAACCUCCAACGGAGGAAGCAACCAAGACUGACGCAGUAGAAAAUUCAUCUCCUCAAAAGAAAAAGAAAUCCAAUCAUUCAGAAUCUGAUACUGUUAGCAAUACCAUUAGUCCGCAAGAUGAUGGUAGUGAGGGAAAGAAGAAAAAAAAGAAAUCUGAGAAUGUCACCCCCAUAACGACAACCAAAUUGCCAGUGAAUGGAAGUGAGGGAAGAAGUUCACAAGAUGGUGGUGGCGAGGGAAUGAAAAAAAAGAAAAGGAAACCCGAGAUAGUAAAUAUUGCUCCUAUCACCACAUCCAAUAGUGGCAACUUGCUAUUAAAUGGAAAUGAGCAAAUUAGUCUACAAGAUGAUGGUAGAGAGGAAAAGAAAAAGAAGAAAAGGAGAUUAAAUACCAUUACGACAACCAAUGGUCAUGAUAACUCGUCAAUAAAAGAGAGUGAGGAAAAUACUAAAAAGAGAAAAUCGGAUACUGUCAUUUCAGAAGUUAAUAGCUCAGAUAUCCAUGCUGAUACACACUUGGACAAGAAGAAAAGGAAGAUGAAUAAUGUUCCUGAAAAAAGUAUAGUUAGCGAAAGUAGUGUUCAAGAAAAUUCCAAACCCAACGAUAGUAUUUCAAAGAAAAAGAAGAAACAAAACCAAGAAAACACAGAGGUCAAAGUGAAAAAGGCAAAACUAGAUGCCAAUGGCAGUACUUCCAAAGAGAAGAAAAAAGGAAAACCACAAACUGGUGCAGAGGACAUAAACGGUCCUGAAGCAGUUGUCAGUGCUGAUGAGCCUAAGCUGAAUGGAAAUGACAGUAGUUUAACCGAUAGUUUAAUUCUAAUCACCUUAAAAAAGUUGCAGAAGAAGAAUAGUUUGCGUUUUGACAAAUUGCAGAAAAAAGUUCUUGCCGAGUACUGUAAGGAGACCAAUGUAAGGAAGAGUCCUAAAUUGGUAAAGCAAUUUAAAAAGAAGCUGAGGAAAAUGAAGGGUGUGGAGAUUGUCAAUGAUAAUGUUACACUAAAAACAUUUGACAGAUGCUAAAAGUUGUUUUAUUCGAUGAAUUGUAAAUGUCUAACACAAUGGUUUUAUUUCAUACUCGAUCAUUUUUUAAAAUUUUGUAUUGGUCAUGUCUCCCAGUAACAUCAAAAACACGAUUGAUUCUAUUAAAAAAAUUACCUUUUCAA